AUGUCUCUCCAAAACUUGUUUGUGGCGAAACUGCCGCGCAACAUUAACGAUGCGGACCUUCUCCAUAUCUUCACCGAGUUCGGCCCCUCCAGCGCUAAGAUUAUGCUGGACGCCGCGACCGGCAAGAGCAAGGGAUUUGGUUUUGUGCUUUUUGACGAGGAGGAGAAGGGAGCCAAGGCGUAUAAAGCACUGAAUCGUAAGAUGACACGUGCGUGUGGCCACAGUUUCACGCUGGUGAUCUACCCUUCCAACCACAAUGGUAAGAUCUUUACCGAAGAGAGCAACGCGCUCUAUAUCCGCAAUAUCCCGAUGAGUGUUGGGCAGGAAAAGGUGGAGCGUUUCCUGAAGACCUUUGGAAACUUGAUCUACUUCGCCAUGCGUGAGGACCAUUAUGGCAAUCCCGUGUGGGUCGUCUACGCCGAGUACGAGACCGUCGAGGAUGCCAAGAAUGCUCUAGCAAAGCUCCACGGCAACAAUACCUAUUUCCACGGCUCGGCGCCGAUCCUCGCGAAGUUCGAGGACAGCGAUGACGCCAAGAAGGAGCGGCGGCGCCGUCGUGACGGAAUGCAGACGCACGCCCCGAACAGCGGGUGCAUCUUUCCGCCACCGCACAGCCACCACGAGAACUCUGGAUCGCUUCACACCUCUUCCACAACGCUAAGCAACGAGAAUGGUCCUUCUAACAGUCACGGCGGCAGCUCAAACAGGACUGUGGAGCCGAAAACGUCGUCGAAGAGCACCGCCGGUCCGCGUCGCAACGGCACCGGUGGCAUCGCUACCGCCGUGCCGAGCCUGACACCUGCGAGUGCCCCACCGCCACCACCACCGCUACCGCCGUUCCUGCCUGCCAUAACGGACGUCACGGAGCACACUCCGACGGCAGCCUUCUCCAUGCCACCGCAGCUGCUGCAGCCGACGCCGGGCUACUGCUACACGGUUGGCGAGAGCGGGCAGCAGAUUUUCAUCCCUGCGCCGUCAUUCAGCUCCCCAAUGCCGUCCUACAGCUUUGCCCCCGCCACGCAGUCGGCACCGAUUCUGCUGCUGAACCCACCGAUGCAGACAACAGACGCCGCUGCCAAGCCGAACUUUUCUCUGCUGAGUCCCUCCUCGAACGCGACCAUGGUGCUUAUGGAGAAUGGGCUUCAGUACAUGCUAGCUCCUGACGCCAUGAACAUGAACUGCGAGCCAUUCACGUCUCCGACGUCGGGUUUUGUACCGAUGCUGGCGGGCUCACAGCCGAAGAGCCUGUUGGGUAUGAGCAGCAACCAAGCAGCCUACACGAACGGAUCCACUGGCUCAAUGAACUCCUUCGGCCCGUGCAUUGAUGCUGUCUAUACAGAACCACUUCAAGUCGUCCCUCCCCACUACGACGCUGAGGAUGAGGUUCUCGGUGAGGCAAGCGUCGCCGGCCCCAACAAGGAGGACGGCGUUCGUGUGCACGCUCUACAGAGCACGAGCGCCGAGGGAAGCGUGAUCACCGGCCUACGUGGACCAGGAGUGGGGUGGUACUAG